AGGAAAUGGUCCAAUCUGGAAAACUUCGGACAGGUGGAAGAAAAAACAGAUUUCAGGGGACGUGCUUGUGGUUCACACUGCAGUUGUAAUGACUGACUUAGGAUGUUUAAUGACUGCCUGAUCAUCAGAUCACACACUGAAGUAAGAACGGGAAUAUGUGAUAGUGAAAAAGAGGCAGGAACCUAGAACUGUGCUAGAAGAGAUGUAUAUCUCAUACAAGAGGUAUGAGUGUGAAGCAGUUCUGUUUCCAGGAAUGUUGACAAUGCCGUUGUUGAUUUGGUGAUGUUUUGUGUCAGUAGUGUUUGUGAAGUGCUUUCAGUGGUUUCUUCUGGAGAUAGAAAAGGAAUGAAUGGCAGAUAGGUGGGUACUAGAUCAAUGUUGAUCACUGCCUUCCUGUUCUGAAAAUACUAGGUAACUUACUCCUAAACCUAUCAAAUGAUAGAGAGGAAAAUGGACAACUUCAGUCACGUGAAGAAACCUGUAAUAUGUUAAAAAGCAAAUGAAUAGAAAUUUACCAAAAUAAUUAAACACUUAAUUGCCUGUAGUUUCUAAGUGUUUUCUUGUGAAGAGAAUGCAUUGUAAUCUCUUCAGAGAAAUGGGGAAGUCCUGUUUCCUCCAUAUAUUGGAACUAUUGGAACAAACCACAGAGAAGAGUGAACUUGUUAUUUAUAUACAAUCUGUAAUAGUUACUUCUUCCUUGUACAUGCCACCUCUAAAAGGAUUUUUUUGUCAUUGUUCUUUUUAGUUUAAACUUCCCAAGGGUGCAUAGCAAAGGAAUAACAAAGAUUAAAAUAUCACCUCUCAAGAAUGCAGUACUCAACAAUUUAGAGUGACCUUGUUAUGACUUGAACUUGAAGGCUUUGAACUCUUUUAACUGUGUAAAGUAAUUGGAAAGCCUCUUAAUGUUUAUUGCUCAGACUGUUUCUGAUACUAAUACUGCAAGCAUAAAAGAUUUUACAGUCGAGUGAAUGCUUUUGUAGUUCACUGGAAGCAGUUGUGUGGUUGGUGGGGUGUGUACUCUGAGUGUUAAUUACAAAGAGGUGGGAUCAGAGUCUCUCCGGGCUUGACAUGAAACGCGGCUCUGCCGAAGCUUUCGGCUCGGCGCCUCACCUGUGUGACGAAAAGGACCUUCAGUCAGGUUCUUGGCACAGACAAUGGGGAGCAGAAAGACUACGGUGAAGCUGACAUGGUCAAACGUCUGUUAGCUGAGAAGGAUCGGGACCUGGAACUGGCAGCACGAAUUGGACAAGCCCUCCUUAAGCGAAACCAUCUGUUGAUGGAGCAGAAUGAAGCACUGGAAGAACAGUUAGGACAAACUCUAGACAGAGUUAACCAGCUGCAGCACGAGCUGUCAAAGAAGGAUGACCUGCUGCGUAUCGUUUCCAUCGCUUCUGAGGAGAGCGAGACGGAUUCCAGCUGCUCCACACCGCUGCGUUUCAACGAGUCUUUCACUGUGUGCCACGAUCCCCUGCAGCUGGAUGUCCUGCAGGACAAACUGCGAGAGCUGGAGGAGGAGAACCUGGCUCUGCGAUCCAAGGCUUGCCAUCUGAAGUCAGAAACCAUUACAUAUGAAGAGAAGGAACAGCAGCUGGUCAAUGACUGUGUCAAAGAACUCCGGCAAACAAAUGCUCAGAUUUCCAGGAUAACAGAGGAAUUGUCAGAGAAGAGUGAGGAGGUGAUUCGCUACCAGGAAGAGAUCUCAUCCCUUUUGUCCCAGAUUGUUGAUCUUCAGCAUAAACUCAAAGAAAAUGUGAUUGAGAAGGAGGAGCUGAAACUUCACCUACAAGCCUCCAAAGAUGCUCAGAGACAACUGACAGCAGAGCUCCAUGAGUUUCAAGAUCGGAAUGCAGAGUGUCUGGGGAUGUUGCACGAGUCGCAGGAAGAAGUGAAGUUGCUGCGCAGCAGAGCCAGCUCUGUGGCCUGUCUCUGCCACUCGCAGUCCCGUGGAGCAUUUCCUGUGGAUUCCCUUGCAGCAGAAAUUGAAGGGACGAUGCGGAAGGAAUUGAGUCAGGCUGAUGAAUCUGUUCUCUCCAAGCAAAAGAGUCAACAGAAGCGAGUGUUUGACACUGUCAAGGUUGCUAAUAUCAUCCGUGGCCGCUCCCCUUCCUUUCCUGCCCCAUUGCCAAUCCCUGGAUCAAAUCGCUCGAGUGCUGUUAUGACAGCAAAGCCCUUCCAGUCUGGUGUGCACCACUUGGACAGCCACGCACGGGUGGUCCCAGGGAGCAGCUCUGAGAAGAAUCUGAAAGACACUCACAGUCCUGGCCAGCCAGGAACCCCUGGAGACAAUGACCUGGUCACAGCUCUGCACAGGCUCUCCCUGCGUCGUCAGAACUACCUGAGUGAGAAGCAGUUCUUCGAGGAGGAGUGGGACCGAAAAAUGCAUUUGCUGGCUGAGCAGAAAGAAGAGGCUAGUGGCUGCAGUACACCAACAGAAAGCUCUUUUUCCCCAAGUACAAACUCAGAACUGACGGAUCUCUCUGCCAGCUCUAGUAAUCUCCGUGUUCUCCUACCAGAGAAGUUGCAAAUUGUCAAACCCAUUGAAGGAUCUCAGACCCUUUUUCAUUGGCAGCAGCUUGCUCGGCCCAACCUCGGCACCAUUCUUGACCCAAGACCAGGCGUUGUUACUAAAGGCUUUACCCCUCUGUCUGAUGAUACUGUGCACCACAUCUCUGACCUGGAGGAAGAUGAUGAGGAAGAGGGUGAGGGAGGUAUAACAUUUCAAGCACAACAGUCCUUCCCAGAGGAAAAGAAAUGUGCAUCGGCAAAGCCAGCGGCAGGCAUUUUCCUGCCACCUAUGACUUCAGCAGCAGUACCACUCACUGCCUCAAAUCCAGGGAAGUGUCUAUCUUCAACAAAUUCCACAUUUACCUUCACUACCUGUAGGAUCCUUCACCCAUCUGAUGUCACUCAAGUUACUCCCAGCUCCAUGGGUGCCUCAUUUUCACUGGGGAAUACUGGCAGCAGUGCUGGAAACCCAGUAGUGAGCACUCCAGCCAUUCCUUACAGACUAAGUAUUGGAGAAUUUCUCACCAACAGAAGAGACUCAACUACUACUUUCAGCAGCACAAGCAGCCUGGCUAAACUUUUGCAGGAACGAGGCAUCUCUGCCAAGGUUUACGACAGCCCCAUGUUAGAAAAACUGCCUUUGCUGCAACCCUCCCGAACUCUUCCCAUUCCCUCCACUCCACCAAAUUCUCCUUCGCGUUCACCUUGUCCUUCCCCCCCACUGUUUGAGCCUCGAGUGCAUCACUCCGAGAAUUUCCUGGCUUCUCGACCAGCAGAAACGUUUUUGCAGGAAAUGUAUGGCCUAAAGCCCUCCCGUAACGUCCCAGACGCAGGCCAGCUGAAGAUGAGCCUCGUGGACAGACUGAAGAGGCUGGGCAUUGCCAGGGUGAUCAAGCCCCCUGAAACACAGGACCAUGGCAAGAAUCAGGGGCCAGAAGCUGGCUUGAAGAGGCAGGACUCAGCUGGGUUUUUAAAUGCAGGUAGCAACUUAAUGGCAGGACUGAGAAGAAACCAGAGUCUUCCAGCCAUGAUUGGAGCACUGGGGGCUCCUGUUUGCACACAGUCAUCAAAAAUGGAUAUACUAAAGGAGGACUAACUGGCCUGAAAGGUGUUUGACUUAGAGCACAGUAAAUCAUUUGAGGGAUGAACAUCCAGUACAGGCAUUGUUAGGUGUGUUACAGAAACGUUGGAGAAGGCAUGUGCAUGUUACAAUGUGGGAGAGACAAGCAUUGGGACCAAGGAGCAAAGGAACAUUGCUUGGGUUUGAGGAAGAAGGUUUUUGUGGGAGAUAGAAAGGUAAAACCAAAGCUUUAUUUCAAGACCCCCUUCAGCAUUUUGUCUUAACUUUGUCAAAAGUGAAGACUAUUGUAGACAUUUUCAGUGUUUUAACCCUUUAACCUGUAUGUGUAGGCAUUUUAUUUUUUUCCAUCAUACACCCAUAGUAUUUACUAGUUGUUUGCUGUCAGACUACAUAAUUUAAAUAUAACAUUAAAAUAACAAUCAGUCUGACCAGCAUUAUCAGCCCAAGUUCCUCUCUGUAGCAAACAAAUAUGAAAACCUUGAUUUUUUUUUCAUUCUUUUAUUUUCCAUUUCAGUAACUGUGCUCUUUUGAACUCCUCACUUUGAGAAGCAGGGGAGAGAAUCUGUAGCUCUGUGUAAGAAAGUAAUACUUCGGUUUACAAACACAGGAUUUAUAUUUUGAAAGAGUGCAAUUGUGUUAGUUAGGCAUUAACAGAAGUUAAUUUUUUUCCAGAUUGUGAACAAAGCACACAGAGAAAUGUGCAAUGAAUAAGAAUUAAGAAGCAGAAAAGUGUGUAUUGGGGUGAAAACAUCCAGCUAAGAAAUCUUUCCAAAAUGUAGUGUGCAUCUAUUUAAAUGAGGAUAGUUUUGUGCACACACACACAAAUAUCUCAGGCACAUUUCAGCAUUACAAAAGGAAACAAACCCUAGGUGCUUGAUUCAGGGUUUCUUAAAAGAUUUAAAUGGAGAGCAUAUACUUCAAGGAAAUUGUUGGAAGUUCAGAAAACUGCCUCUUGUCUUGCCAAGUACACAUUCUGUAUAUUUGAGAGUUCUCAGUAAACUUUAUGCCUUUCAUUCAAUUAUUUCUCAUUUUAAGCAGGAUUUUGUUUAAAAUAUUUCAUUAAGAGCAGAAGUUGCCAGUGUCUAUAUAGAAACAGGAAGAAAAAAAGCUAGUGUUCUUUGUAGCAUUUUACUGACUAUUGAAAUCCAGUGAUCAGUGAGGGAGUGUGGUUCUGAACAUAGCUGAGGCAGACUUUCCAACUCAAAAAAGAACUUCAGUUUAGAAAUCUGGUUUCUGAGUGUUAAUUAUAAAAAUAUUACUGCCCAUGCUGCUUUUUUGAUUCCUUCCUGUACAAGAUUCUAAUCACAAGUGAACAAUCUACAACAGAUGUUUUGUGUAACUUAAGAAAAAGUUGUCUUUGCUAGUGACCUGAAUAGAAACAGCUUCUUAGUCUUUAUAUAAAUUUUCACUGUCCCUAUCAACAUUAUAAAAUGAUUUGUUUCCAUACAAUUAGAUUAAGCAGUUAAGUUUACCUUGCCUGUUACCAUGUGAGUGGGGUAUAGCUGGCAGCUGUCUGGGGGUGUGGUGUGAAGCAUCAGUGCAAUCACACUGAUUUGCAUGUGCCACUAGGCACAUCCUCCAUAAUCAGCACCCUCAUUGUUGCAGGGGUGAAUGGAGUAGGGCAGGAAAAGAAAGCUUCUAACCUUGUUUAUAGGAAAUUUGUAAUGUGGCCUUUCUGAUUAUACAGUUCUUUAGAUCUUGUGAUGACUCUUUGAUAUUUUUGUUUUGUAAAAGGAGAAGGAGUAACCACUUCAAACUUGCACAGGGAUUCUUAGCAGAAGCUUGUCUGUCAGCAGCGCACAGAAAUAUUCCGGAACUCCUGGAGUUGCCUUUUGCUCUCUAAGCAAAAUCUUACACUUACAAAAGGUGAAUUUUAUUUAAAAGACUAUAUACGGGUUAAUUUUGUUUUUUAAGUGAAAAAUAUUUAAUUUUUUCAUGUCAGUAUUUAUGUUUGUAUGUACUUAGCUGCACAUGGUGUCCUGCCUAGCUACAUAAGAUAAGUGUGAAAGGAGGGAGUGCCAUGUUGGUCUCCAGUGGCCUGGGACGGAUAUGUCUGCUGUGUAUCUCUAACUUCCAGGGAAAUGAGUUAGCAAAAGCUUAGACAGUUUGGUACCAACAGAGAAGUGUGUAGCAUGUCAAAAGUCCGUCCAUUUUAUGUGUUUAUUGUAGGAAUACCUGAGUUACAGAUAAAUUUUUGAAGGUACUACACUGUGUUUCUGACAGCUUCAUGAGAUAACUCCAGCCACUGGAUCAGCAGAGUAGCAAAUCAGCUAAGGCAGAAUUCCUUUGGCAGACCAUGGUUCAGGUAAAACUAAUCUACAAGCAUAUAAAUGAAAUGCAUGUUUCUCUUGGGGACGUUUCCCUAUUCAUAGCCCAACAAUAUAAACUGGCUCAGUUCAAACAAUGCUGUGGAUGUUGAGAGGUCAGUUUGUUCUGUAGCUGAGGUGUAUCAUCAGAUAAGGCAAAAAGAAAAUGGAAGAAUCUCUAUACCAUGGUGUUUGUGUGUGUUUACCCAAUUGGUUUAUGCUGUGGUGCAGUGUUCAAAUUCUGUCGUGCAUUUAUGCCUUUGGAUAGUCAUGCACAGUUUGGAUAUGCAAGCCUGGCUUGCAAUAACAGGGAAAAUCAAUAAUUCUUCCAAGUUUACCAUUUUGUGCCAAAACCUGGAAGAUAAACCUGUUUUAACAACAUGUGUUUCUGAGAACAUUUUAGAAGUUACCAUGAUUCUAGGAAUGAUUUGGCUUUCAUUGUCUCCCAUUAGAGAGGUGAGAAGUGACAAACUUGAAUGGCUGACGUCCUGCACCAGAUCUUUGGUUUGAGUAGAGGUAGACCUAGGAGGAAUGGAGAAUUACAUUUUGGUAGGGUUCUGUUAUCUUGCAGGUUUGAGUCAAACACAGAUGCUAGAAAGGACUUACUCAUGUUUGUGCAAGUUACAAGAGACAGAAGGGAAUUCUUGUAUUUACCUUAUUCCAAUUGUCUUAAAGCACAAACUUAAAGCUUUCUAGUUUCACUGUUAGUUUUUAACAAACUCAGUGAUACCUGCAUGCUCAAAAUACCUGUGAUCCAAGUUAAAAAUCUACUGCAGUCAAAUAGCAACAGAGAGGGAAUAAAAAUAAUUGCAUUUGGGCUUCAUGUGGCUGUUACAUGAGGGGUUUACACACAGUGUUUGAACAGUCUGGGAUUUUCAUGGUAUUUUUUCCAUCUGCUUUUUGCACUUACUCUUGUUUCAUAGUGGAAUGUAAAUUUGAUAAUAAACAUGUAUAACAUGCCAUUUUUCAGUA